AGUGUGUGUGUGCGUGUACCGGUGCGUAAGGAGGGCACUUGGGCGGAGAGGGACGCAAAGCAUCGCGCCUGAGAGUUCAUCGCAGUCUGAAGCUCCGCAUUUUAUGUACACACUCCGCACAACUAACUCCAGUAUACAGGCUCGCGCAAACUUUCCCCCGCGUUGAGAAUGGCAGAGCCGGCACAAUCGAACAGCGAUGGAGAGGAGAAGAGCGAACCAAUGAGAGGCUUUGCCCGACAAGGUGCCCUGAGACAGAAGAACGUUCACGAAGUCAAGAAUCACAAGUUUAUCGCUCGCUUCUUCAAGCAGCCUACUUUCUGCAGCCACUGCACGGACUUUAUCUGGGGUUUUGGGAAACAAGGAUUUCAGUGUCAAGUCUGCUGCUUUGUGGUGCACAAGCGUUGCCAUGAAUUCGUCACCUUCUCCUGCCCCGGAGCAGAUAAGGGUCCUGCAUCAGAUGACCCGCGCAGUAAGCACAAGUUCAAGGUCCACACUUACUCCAGCCCCACCUUCUGUGACCACUGCGGCUCUCUGCUGUACGGACUCAUCCACCAGGGCAUGAGAUGUGACCACUGUAUGAUGAACAUCCAUAAGCGCUGUGUGGCCAACGUGCCGAGUCUGUGUGGGACUGACCACACUGAGAGGAGGGGCCGCAUCCAAAUCACCGCAGAGAUCAAGAACAAUGUGCUCACCGUCAGCAUUAAAGAAGCGAAAAACCUGGUGCCCAUGGACCCGAAUGGCCUAUCUGACCCCUAUGUCAAACUAAAACUCAUCCCUGACCCCAAGAGUGAGAGCAAACAGAAGACCAAGACCAUCAAGUGCUGCCUGAAUCCCACGUGGAACGAGACAUUCACAUUUAAUCUGAAGGAGUCUGACAAGGACCGCAGGCUGUCUGUGGAGAUCUGGGACUGGGACUUGACCAGCCGGAACGACUUUAUGGGCUCUCUGUCUUUCGGCAUCUCGGAGCUUCAGAAGCAAGGAGUGAACGGAUGGUUUAAGCUGCUCAGUCAGGAAGAGGGCGAGUACUUCAAUGUACCUGUCCCAGCAGAGGGAGAAGAAGGCAAUGAGGAAUUCCGGCAGAAGUUUGAGAGAGCUAAAAUCGGUCCCAGCAAAACAACAGACGGCUCUUCCUCCAACGCCAUCUCCAAAUUCGACAGCAAUGGCAACCGGGACCGCAUGAAACUGUCCGACUUCAACUUUCUCAUGGUGCUGGGCAAGGGUAGCUUUGGAAAGGUGAUGUUGGCCGAGAGGAAGGGAGGAGAUGAGCUGUUUGCCAUAAAGAUCCUGAAGAAGGACGUGGUGAUCCAGGAUGAUGAUGUUGAAUGCACAAUGGUGGAGAAGAGAGUGUUGGCCUUGUCAGGAAAACCACCCUUCCUCACUCAACUGCACUCCUGCUUUCAGACCAUGGACCGCCUGUACUUUGUCAUGGAAUACAUCAAUGGUGGGGAUCUCAUGUACCAUAUCCAACAGGUCGGCAAGUUUAAGGAGCCCCACGCUGUGUUCUAUGCUGCAGAAAUCGCCAUAGGCCUGUUCUUUCUGCAUUUGAAGGGCAUUAUAUACAGAGAUCUAAAGUUGGAUAAUGUGAUGUUGGACGCAGAGGGUCAUAUCAAAAUUGCUGACUUUGGCAUGUGCAAGGAGAACAUGUUUGAUGGAAUCACCACCAAGACCUUCUGUGGGACCCCUGACUACAUCGCCCCUGAGAUCAUCGCUUACCAGCCGUAUGGAAAGUCAGUGGACUGGUGGGCUUUUGGAGUUUUGCUCUAUGAGAUGCUGGCUGGGCAGCCCCCGUUUGAUGGUGAGGAUGAAGAUGAGCUUUUUCAGUCUAUCAUGGAGCACCAUGUGUCCUAUCCCAAAUCCAUGUCCAAGGAGGCUGUGGCCAUCUGCAAAGGGCUGAUGACCAAACACCCAGGCAAGCGUCUGGGCUGUGGCCCUGAGGGUGAGAGAGACAUCAGGGAACACGGCUUCUUCCGUUACAUGGAUUGGGAGAAGCUGGAGAACAAGGAAGUUCAGCCACCAUUUAAACCAAAGGCCUGUGGCCGGGAUGCAGAGAACUUUGACCGCUUUUUCACCCGCCAUCCACCGGUUCUCACCCCUCCAGACCAGGAGGUCAUCAUGAACCUUGACCAAGACGAGUUUGAGGGCUUUUCCUUCAUAAACCCAGAAUACCUUGCCAUGGAAGCCCAGAGUUAAGGGCGACCCCCUAAAACUAACCCAACCCUCCAUCAAACCCCCUCUUCAUCAAACCUCCUUAUGUUUAUGUACCAUACACUCCGUGAAACGACCACGUGUAUGUACAUAAACAGCCAUGCACUGAAACUAAACCAUCUAUAUACCAUACAUAUGCAUGCAAAAUUUCAAUAUUCGUAGAUUAGCCUAAAGGCCGCUCCGGCUUUCACAACAUCCCAUUGAAUGUAUCCACGCUGGAGGAACGUUUGAAUCUAAAGGCCUUUGUCUUUAUUCGAUUUGUACUCUACAGCUUUCCUGAAUGCGGUUUGUAUUGCAUAGCGCUGUUUUAAACUACCCUCAGAUGUGUCUGUUGCAGCACCGUAGGUGUUCAGAAUCAGCCAUUUGCACUAAAGGUGCAUGAAUCGCAUACGAGAUGCAUAAUGGCUAGCCUCGCUCUCCUUAUCCAGCCUGUGACAGUGAUACUUUGCUUGUUUCAAAAAGAAUGCAAACUCAAAAGGUUUUUGCAUGAUGAUAUUGAUGAUAGUUUUGCCUGAACUUUUAUGAUACAUAUGACUUUAGUUUCCUCUAUAGUGCACCCUAGUCUUAUCUUAAUCUCUGACUUGCAUUGUACAGACUAGUAGAUAACAGAAAUUUACCAGUUUUUUUCUCGAAGCAUGAGUAAAUCUGACUUUUUUAGGAUGCCUGUAUCCUGUUUGCGUGUAUGUACGGGCCAAUAGAGCUUAAUGGAUGUGCCUGAUUGUGGUAGUGAUCUGCUUUUUUGCCUGAUCAUCUCACACCAUCAGCAAACACUCACCCUCGUACAGGAAGCAUGACUCCUGUAAUGGUUCCCGUUGGCUCUUCCUUGUUUAACACUUGACUUCUGCUUAAAGGUCAGCCGGAUUUUAUCGAGAGGUAUUUGACAGGCAUAUUAAAUAUCAACUACCUCCUGCUAGAGACAAUUACAGAUUGAGGUAGGAUGUGAGAACAAGUGCUAAUAUCAGAAAAGAGCUAGUGCUGUAGCCAAUAACCUGUAAAAGACCCAUCGGCCGUAUAUUACUGACCCCUAUGUUCGAUAGGAUUUUUAAUGGGUACGAUCUGGAAUCUCCAGAAAACUUUUUUCAACAUCACUGGGGUUUACACUGACAAAAGGAUGAGUAGUCAGCCGUGGGUAAUAUUUUAAAAUGAUACCCUAGAUUUCAUUGAAAAGCUUGUGUAUGAGCAAAUUAGUCAAGUUGGGACCCAUUGAUAUAGCUUCGCUUGAAUGAUUCCAUCUUGAAGCUUGUCAAUAGAGACCUGCCACGUGAUAAUAUGCUGAAACUUGCUAUGUGAAGGAAUACCACAUUUGUGUGUAACAUAAUAUUGAGCAUCAAAGACAAAGUUGAGAAGAACAGGAUAUAAAUUUGCAGCACCAUUAAAUAGAGUAGCUUUAGAAAUAAACCAUUUUGAGCGUGUAAACAUUGCUCAUAAUCGCCAACAAUAGGGGUCCGAUGAAGCUAUCUGACAUUGUGUUAAUGGGUCCAACAGGGGCUGCUCAGUGUUUUAAUACGGUGCCCUAAUUUAGCAUGGUGACUGCUCUGAUACGACUGUUGGUCUAGAAACGCGAGCACUGUUCAUGUCAGUGGUAACAGCAGCGAAGUCCCAGUGUGGAACAGAUACCGUAUCACUAAAUGCAACUGGAAAGGCCACAAGAGCCACACAUCCACAGAAAUGGGUCAGAUCCUCUCAGACAUCAGAGUUCCCUGAGCGGUUAUCCGUGCUGACUAGCGGCCAGUGGCUUUUAUUGGAAACCACUGGGGCUUCAUAUCAUAUCUUCAUCAUAGGAUUUCAGGGAAGGGAUAAUCUCUCUAAAAUGGUUUCUCACAUGAGAAGGGUUCCAGAUAUGUUGUAGAAAAAGGUCAGAUACUUGGUUAAAACAAAAACUGUGCAUUUGUCAUUACUGCCAAAAAUACAGCGAGCAGUGCAGCGUAGGGCUUUGAUGUGUUUUUUUUUAAGUGUCUUAAAAUAAGCAAAUAAAAUGUGUCAAAUGUUAUUGAAUGUUAUGAAUUCUAUGUGGUCAGUAUUGUAGAUAAAAAUAAAAUAAAAAGGGGGGAUUUUUUUGUGUUUUCUAUACCAUAAAUUGUGCAUAGACUAAAGAAGCCUUGUGCAUGAAUUACUGAGAACUGAUUCAGCGUAAUAGACAUUUUAGAUGAGUAUUAUAGCGAGUGCUCUUGACCUUUCUGUGUGCUUUGCUUCAUAAAUCCUCAAUGCUUUUCUUGUGCCAAAGUAUUUUCCACAGAAAAAAAAAAAAACACAAGUAUACAUUGAAAUAAAACUGAAACAUCAAUAGCCA